AUGGCUUCGAAUGAUUUUCAGGGAGUUAAUAUAGUAGACAAUGGAACGCAACGAGUUAAAGAAAAACGGAUAAAGUUACUAAUAUGGCUCAUGAUUGGAAUUUUAAUCGUUGGUUAUAGUAUUUGGAAUAUUUGGCGCAUGGUGGAAGCUAUAAAGUCACCUGUCAUCGCCGGUUCAAGAAUUGCAGAGCGAGCUGAAAUACCUGUACCUGGUGUCGUAAUUUGCGGCCAACCCCUAGAUAUACCAAUUAAAUGCUUCGAAAGCGAAGGUAAAGAAUGUCAUGACUAUAUCGCUGCCGAAGAUGUUACUCAAUUUGUUAAUAUGCGUGGUUUCCGUGAUAUAAAUGGCUACUAUUGCUAUGUCUUUGACCCUCAAAGAGAAACAAAAUAUGGAAAAGAACUUCUUAAAUUUAGAGCAAAUACAAUUGAUAAAUGGGCUUACUAUGGAAUAUUCACUGAGAAGGAAGAUCCGCGGAACGUCAAUUUUCAAAUAAUACACCUACCUUCAAUAGCGUCUCUAUAUUUUAACCGCUUCGAGGAAAAACAACUUGACAAUUUUGCCUCAAUCACUGGUGGAAGCAUGGGAGAUAUAGCUUAUGAUUCAACUGCAGAUGUGGAACUUACCACAUUAUUUACCGCUUCAAGAAUAUCUGGAUUUGCUGCUACCCCUAAUCUUUGGUGUAUUUUCCGAGUUAUCCCACAAGCUCAUAAAUUUGAUAAAGCAACUUUCACCCAAACCUAUACUGUGGAAAUCUCGUAUAAGCUUAUUGAAUUCCCGUUUCUUCAAUUGGCUGCUAAUAUGGGUGGUUUUGUGAGCCUUCUAAGUGCAUUUUUUGUCUUUUUACUUGGAUCGAAACGUCUUGAUCCAUGGGGUGCAGUUCUUAAAUCAGUUCCACCUCCACCAGUUAUAUUCUCAUACACUGACACAUUAAAUAAAAAUCAACAAAUGUCAUAUCGAUAUGGCAACGCCGACCAAUCACCAGAGAUGGAUGCUCAUUCAAUAGGUAUCUCUACUGAAAACAAUUACAAUGAUCCACAGAUUCAUCAUUUAAGAAAUGAAUUUCGAGCUGAAAUGCAAACAAUUGCAAACGACAUUGGAAAUUUGAGAUUAUACUUGGGUAAACAUUACUUGCAAGGUGUUGUACCACAAAAUGAAUAA